ACCAUCAAUGACAAGUGGCUGCAUUGAAAAGUAAUCGCGGCCGAUCCAAGACAAGAAAGCAGCCGUGUUUACAAGCUGCGGUUUGCGACACGUGGUGCUGUUUCGGCAAGACAACCUAGGACUGCAACAAGAUAUAAAAACGCAUGAUCAUUAUGACUCGCUCCAAAAAGAAAAAUGACGACGUGGAAGAAAAUCCAAGAGGUGUUCCAAAGUCCGGUCGGGUGUGGAAAAGCGAGAAGAAAAGGUUCUCAAGUAUGGUGAAGGACAGGCCUCUCAAGACAUCUUGGAAAUUUAAGAUGGAACAGCGUGCAGAGAGAAAAGCGUUAUUGGCACUUGACCGUGAAAUCAAAGAAGAAAAGAAAAGAAAAAUUGAGGAGAAGAAGAGAAGACGGGAAGAAAACCUGAGGAGACGGGAAGAGAAUGCCAAGAAGUCGGAAGUGGUGCAAAUAAUCAAGAACACCGCCAAAAUCAAGCGGAUGUCCAAAAAGCAGCUGCGACUUAUCAAGAAGGCUGACACAACCGUCGUUUCUAAGAAACCAUCCUAGAAUGCUGGCCAAUGAAGGUGUAAUGUAUAAAAUAAGUCUAAAGAUUAAAUUAUGUUCACUGAUCUA